CCACCUCGUCUCUUGCGUCUCUGCCUUGCUGCGCAAGUGCUCAAGUGCUGUAAGGCAGCCUUGGAGUCACCCAGAUUCUUUAAUCCACUUCCCACAACCCCCCUGUCCGCGCAUGGCACUUGAGCCCCGAGGCAGCAGGCAGUGAUGUUGUACCUGGGCCAGGCAGGCGGGCGGGCAGCCGUGAGGCUCAUUGACUGCCCUCCCUCCCUCAUGCCCUCCCUCCUUUGGGAAAUAAAUGCACUUCCGUUCCGUGACAAGGCCUUUUCCUUGUUUCUUUCUUUGCUCAGGUCCUCCUCUCCUCCUCGGGCGUCCAUUGUCUAGACUUUGUCUCCACCAGAACACCAUUUCUUACAAGGGAGACUCGGUAUUUUCGGGCCUCGAGGUUAUUAUAUAUUUCCAUCCCGUCCGUCCACACCACACCCAGCCAGCCCCGGUUGGGCUGCGACCACCCCUGGCUUUUAACCACCUUGCUUGCAGCCUAAUGCUCCCACUGAGACGCCGUAUUACCCACAGCCUUGUCUAACUAGCCUGGGGCCCGGCACUGCCCAAUUCGCCCGAGUUAAAUACUCUGAUCGCCUCACGUUCCCGGAAUCCCUCCUAGGUUGGGCACUCGUGCAGUUUUCUCCAGCCAGUAUUUGGCCAAAUCAACGAGGGACACGUGCGGGCUCCUCUCUGAGUUCCUGCGUCUGCGUUCCGCCCACGACCGCCAGCCCCGGACCAGGCGGCCGGCAAACCCAUAUUAAAAACUCGGGCCUCGCCCGGGCACCAUGCCGAGCGACACUUCGCGCAAGACUGUCAGGUUCGGCGAGGACACCUCCCGCAGUGGGUCCUCCCGUUCCUCGGCAUCCAGGAGUGAAUCGGGCGCUGAGACCCUGUACGAGCAACAGGCUCUAAAACAGGCCCUGCAAGACACCGUGAAGCAGGUCGAUGAGUGGAAGGCAAAGGCCCAAGAGGUCGAAAGGCAGCUCACCAAGAAGCUCAGACUGGCCGAUGCCAACCUGCUGGCUGUCAAGAACCGGUGCGACAACCUGGAGGAGGAGAAGAAGGACCUGCUGCGGGACAAGAAGAAGCUGAGAGACGCCCACAAGGACCUGGAGGCCCGUCUCGCAGCGCUGCAGGUCGAGAAUGACGGCCUGCGAAACAGCAACGAGAGGCUGCAGAAGAAGCCACGGGACUCCGAGGCCCGGGCUGCCACCACACCCUCUCCCAAGAGCGGCAAGCUGCACCGGAGCGAGAGCAGGCGGUCCAAGGACGCAGAUGUCGAGCAACAAAAGGAUCGCCUCAAGGGCCGCUUCGAGCGCAGCGAGACUUCGAGUGAUGCCAGCUCCUCCAAGCGAUCAAGUUCCAGGGCCCCCAGGACCACCAGUCGCCGCCUGAGCAGUGCCGCCUACGCCGACAGACCUUAUGUCGAGCCCCUCGGACCUCGCGCUGCGCGACCAACCGUGUCGAUACCGACACCACAGCCAAGCGCAGCCAGCCCUGGACGCCGCUUCGAUGGACCCGUCGCCAUGGCCCAGACUGGCCAGCCAGCCAUCGCCCAUUACCAGGACCCAGCCUAUUCCUCGACACCUCGAAGUGCCGGCAUGGAGCGGCCCACUGUCUUUUAUAGGUACGACGGGCUCAUGUCUCCAACAGCCAACUACGAGGAUGGGAACUAUCACCCUCACCCUCUCUGAUUGACAUGUGAGGCUCUGUCCUGAGGGUGAGCCAGCCCCGAGGCUCACGGAGCAGCCUCGAUCCUCCCUGAUCCUUCUUCAGCUGGAGCGCCACCCUUGCCCACCCCCCCUCAACUAUCAGCUGAAAAAUAGACGACUGGCCAAGGGAGAAGUUGGUUUUGGUCGCUCAUGCGCACAUCAUUGUCAUUGCACGCGGGAGCUGGAACUCACCACCAAAAGGUGGACGGCGUCAUCACUCUGUUCACAUGAUUUAAUCACCAAACCAUGGAACAACACGUUCAACUGACGAACCCGGCCCGCUUCCUACAUAUACCAGACACACGAGCAUGAACCCCCACGUCGCCCCAGGCUCUGGUCAUUGGUGCUCUAUUGCACAAAUCUGGAGGCAACCAGGUAUUCGGGCAAAUCUCGGUGCCUAAGAACCAAACAACUUGCUCACAGUGGUGGACUCACUCCCCUGGGGCCUUUCUGAGGCUGGUGUUUUGCUGCAAGACGGCCCCUCUUGUCACACCGUGCCCACACCCUGGUGCAAACACACACACAUACACACACACACACACAUACUGCUGACGACCCCACAUACGUCACCUGUUGACCCCUAGUCCCGGACGGCCUGCAGGUCCUGACGGUCGGGAGCACUGGCGCAUGAUGCAUGUUUCAUUUGUUCUCAGGUCUCUCAAGUCUGACGGCUCGGUCAAAUUGGAAAAAAGGUUCCUUAUCACUUUGGAUUUUUCACGGAGUUCUGGUCAGGGCGCCCAGGUUAAGUGAACGGGCAAGUGGGAUUUGUUUGGGAGACAUAAGUCCUGCUAUCUGGGGUACGGCAGGCUUGGAACGGGGCUCUUUUGGGAAAUAUGAUACCACCUUUUCUACUUCUCUCUUCCUUCCUCGUUUGGUUUCACAGGAUAGAUAUCACCACACCACAGCCCUUCCUAGUUAGACAGAUACCUCUUAUGAAUGGCUCAGAUUCCCAAAAUGGACAUUAUAGCUUCACUACCCAA